AUGCCAGCCCGCACGGCCACCCUGACCGCGCUCCUCCUGGCACUCUUCCUCCAAGCUCACCUGUCCAGGGAAGCACCGCUCAAUGGGUCCAAAUGGUCUUAUAUUGGUGCGGACGGGGAGAAGGGCUGGCCCAAGCGGUUCCCCUUCUGUGGAGGAGCCUUCCAGUCCCCCAUCGACUUCCACAGCGACGUCCUGCAAUACGACGCCACCCUCUCGCCCAUUGAACUCCAGGGAUACAACGUCUCCAACGAGGAGCUGUUCGUUCUGACCAACAACGGGCAUUCCGUGAAAAUGAGCCUUUCACCCUCGAUGCUCAUCCGGAGCCUCCCUUCGCAAUACACUGCAGCUCAGCUCCAUUUACAUUGGGGUAACCGGAAUAAACAAGAAGGGUCAGAGCACACUAUCGGGGGGAAGCACUUUGCCGCCGAACUCCACAUCGUGCAUUAUAACUCUGACCGAUACCCCGAUUUGCAAGCGGCGAUGGAUAAAUCCGACGGUCUGGCCGUCCUGGCUGUUUUGCUCGAGAUCGGCUCCUUCAAUCCCUCCUACGAUCAGAUCUUCCAUCACGUCCAGAAUGUGAAAUACAAAGACCAGGAGACGUUCAUCCCCGGCUUCAAUGUCCGAGCUCUGCUUCCAGACCAACUGGAUGAGUAUUUCCGCUACGAAGGGUCGCUGACCACCCCACCUUGCUUCCCAAGCGUCCUCUGGACUGUCUUCCGGAAGCCGGUCCAAGUCUCGGAGGAACAGCUCUUGGCCCUGGAAACGGCCCUAUUUUGCACGCAGUCUGAUGACCCUUCACCCCUUGAAAUGGUGAACAAUUUCCGGAAAAUACAAGAAUUCGACGAAAGGCUGGUUUCGGUCUCCUUCCGCCAAGGGUUCGUCGCGUCGGUGGCCACGGGAAGCCUCCUCGGCACCAUCGCCUUCACCGCCACCGCCGUUUGGCUCAUCCGGAGGAAAAGGAGGUGCGUUGGCAAACAAAUAAAAGAUUGGGGUCCUGUUUGGCGUCCUGGCAGUGAAGCUACUACCAGUUGUAGGAGGAGAAGGAGUGAUGCUGAGUUAGAGGAGGAACAGCGUCAGCUGAAACGCAUUCGGGAGAUUAUUUUGGCACCUAGUGACUCUGAGAACUUUGCAGGAUUUGGACCCGAAGACUUCGAGGAAUUAGAUUACAGAGGAGUAAAGCGCGUUGCCAGUGAGUCUGACAGUGAUGAGGAAGUAAUGAACAAACGGCUUAAAGAUAUAGCCAACAAUUGCAGUUUGGAUGAUCAGGGAUCCAGUGAUGGAGAAAUGGAAGAGGGGCUGGACUGGACGCGUGUUAGAGAAAUUCAGGACAUAUGUACACAGCCCACGUCUAGCGACGAGUUUGAGGGGUUCCAAAAUACUUGGCAGGCAGGUACAUCUUGGCAGGAGUCUGGACAGGAUCAACGUUGGCAACGUUGGCGAGGUAAUGAGCCAGCAGCUGAAGAUAAUGAUCCAGGUGCAAGUGAUGACAGUCAAUCCAGCGAUAGUGACUGCUAA